GCGUGGUCAAAGAAAAAAGGAGUGGAGCGAAGUGAAUUGAAAUUGAAGUGACUCGGGGUGAGUUGACUCAGCAAUGGCGGAAGAGGUGACUCGGGUGAUAGUGGCGGUGAACGAGUCGAGCAUUAAGGGAUACCCUCAUCCUUCGAUCAGCAGCAAAGGGGCUUUCGACUGGACCAUCAACAAGAUCGUUCGCGACAACGUCUCUGCCUUCAACCUUCUUUUUCUUCACGUUCAAGUCCCCGAUGAAGAUGGUUUUGAUGACAUGGAUAGUAUCUUUGCUUCUCCUGACGAUUUUAAGAACAUGAAUCAGAGAGAUAGAAUUAGAGGAGUUCAUCUGCUGGAAUACUUCAUCAAUAGGUGUCAUGAAAUUGGGGUGGUUUGUCAAGCAUGGAUAAUGCAUGGUGAUCCCAAAGAAGUAAUAUGUCAUGAAGUGAAACGACUAAGGCCAGAUCUUCUGGUUGUGGGUAGCCGAGGUCUUGGACCUUUUCAAAAGGUUUUUGUUGGCACUGUGAGUGAAUUUUGUUGGAAACAUGCUGAAUGCCCUGUCAUUAGUAUCAAACGCAAGCCAGAUGAAACUCCUCAGGACCCUGUUGAUGACUGAUAUCUUGUCAUACACCAGACAUUGAAGAUAGAUCACCUAUGCUCCCAUGCUUUAUGUAAUGAAAAGAAGAAAAGAAAAGAAUUGAAUAUCAUUCAAGAUUAGUAUAUGGAGAUUUUCAAUGUAGGAAUAGGAGCAGGAAAUCCAACUUUUGAUGCUUUUAUUGCCUUUGUUCCUUUUAUCUAGUCUGUAAUUCUAAGAUGUGUUGAUUUCUUUUAGUGUACAAAUCUAUCAGCUUAAGUCAAUGUUGUUUGUAAUUCUGAAAGAUGGAUGCCGUAAUAUUGCUCUUCAAUGUGAUGCAUGCAUUAAUUUACCAAGCCAUAAUUUCUUCAAUGGAUGGUGUAGUAAUAUUGCUCUUCA